CUCUUUCUCUCUUCAGUGUGAAUCUUUUUUUGUGAGAAAAUUGUUCUUGUAUCCUCUGAGAGCAAAGAAACCCACCAGUUUCUCGUUUGCUUUCUUCCGGUAAAGUCGUUGAUCGAUUCAUUAUCGUUAAUUCUUUUUUCUUCCGUUGGCCAUCCUUGAAAUUGGAAACCUAAGAACUCACGGCUUGUCGCUUAUGGCUGUGAUCUGCCUCCGAGCCCUCCAUCUCUUCCGAUUAUAGGCCAUGUUCACCUUCUCCUCUCUUCCCUAGCUCAUAAAUCUUUACAGAAACUCUCAUCCAAGUAUGGACCUCUUCUCUAUCUCCGCGUCUUCAACUUCCCUGUAGUCCUCGUCUCCUCGGCGUCUGUGGCCUACGAGAUCUUUAAGGCUCAUGACUUGAACAUCUCAUCUCGUGACAACCCUUCAAUCGAUGAUUCCCUCUUGAUUGGAUCUUCUGUCUUUGGUAGUGCUCCUUAUGGAGAUUACUUUAAGUUCAUGAAGAAGCUCCUGGUUACUAAGCUGCUUGGACCACAGGCACUUGAGCGGUCAAGAGGCAUCCGUGCAGAUGAGCUUGAGCGGUUUCACUCAAGCCUGCUUGAUAAGGCGGUAAAGAAGGAGAUCGUUGAGAUUGGGAAGGAAGCAACGAAGCUUAGUAAUAACAGCCUCUGGAGGAUGAGCAUUGGGAGAAGUUUUUCAGAGAAGAAUGGUGAGGCUGAGAGAGUCAGGGGACUGGUUACUGAGUUAGAUGGCUUGACAAAGAAGGUCUUGUUUGCAACUUUGCUGCACAGGCCCCUUGAGAAGCUUGGAAUCUCUCUGUUCAAAAAGGAGAUCAUGUGUGUUUCUGACAGCUUCGAUGAGGUCCUUGAGAGGGUUCUUGUGGAACAUGAACAGAAACUGGACGAUCAUCAAGAUAGGGACAUGAUGGACGUGUUGUUGGCAGCUUAUGGAGAUGAAAACGCAGAGCAUAAAAUCAGCAGGAACCACAUCAAAGCAUUUUUCGUGGAGCUUUUCUUUGCGGGUACUGAUACCUCGGCGCAAUCAAUACAGUGGACAAUGGCAGAGAUCAUUAACAACCCCAACAUUCUUAAAAGAUUGAGAGAAGAAAUCGAUUCUGUGGUAGGGAAAACAAGGUUGAUUCAAGAAACUGAUCUACCAAAGCUCCCCUAUUUGCAAGCUGUGGUUAAGGAAGGACUUAGAUUGCACCCGCCAUUGCCUCUCUUUGUAAGGACGUUCCAAGAAGGGUGUAAGAUUGGAGGUUUCUAUGUACCAGAAAAGACAACACUUAUUGGUAAUGCUUAUGUUAUGAUGAGAGAUCCGAGUGUCUGGGAAGACCCUGAGGAGUUUAAACCUGAGAGGUUUCUAUCUUCUUCAAGAUCAACGCAAGAAGAGGAAAGAAGAGAGCAAGCACUUAAGUACAUUCCUUUCGGUAGUGGACGGAGAGGCUGUCCUGGAUCAAGUCUGGGUUAUAUCUUUGUUGGCACCGCAGUUGGAAUGAUGGUGCAAUGCUUUGACUGGAGUAUCAAAGGAGACAAGGUCCAAAUGGAUGAGGCUGGAGGACUAAACUUGAGUAUGGCUCAUUCCCUGAAGUGCACUCCUGUUCCUCGAAACCGGCCUUUACUUGCUGAUCAGUAGAUGCCAAGUUUGUAAUUUUCAGAUGUCACUGAACUCGCAAACAUAGAAAAGUGCUGAAUUCAGAUGUUUACUACUGGUAUGUUUUAAUUCCGUUUACUGUAUGAAUAUAAAUAAAAUAGAAAAUUGUCCCACUAUUUCUGGCCUGUUUCUCUUUACAGUUCCCUGAGUCCUUUUACCGUAGGAUUGGUAUCAA